AUGAGCGGCGGCACGUACUGCGAUGAAGACGCGGAGGUUCGCGUUGGGGUUGUCGUUCGUCCACUUCGAGGCCACUGGAAACCUGCCAAAGGAUCUGCACUGAUGAGUCAGAGCAGUGAUCAAGGAACACAAUUGGAUGGUUCAAUCUGGAAAACGAGUUCCAGUGACUACGAUAACAUGGCCAACAUGCAGUUCACUUCCCAAAUGGUAUAUAGCAGGGAGAAUCUAGUUGGCACAGAUUCACGUUCGUUACCCACGACGGACUCUGGUUCUCUCAACAAUCUGGCACUUCCCAAACCACCACAGACACCAGCUCCAGAAGAGUGA